AAUUCAAAAUAUUGGAACAUAGGUUGGGGGAGAUCUUAGAACUAGAGGAAACCUUAGAACACAGAAUGCCAGAGCUGGAAAGGGUCUUAGAAAAGAGAACAGAAGAGUUGAGACAUUAAGAUAGAAUGUUAGAGCCAGCAAAACCUUAGAAAACAGUAUUAAAGAAGAGAUCUUAAACAUUGAAUGUCAAACCAUAGAUUUUCAGAGUUGGGAGGGUCUCAAAAUCAGAGCUUUAAAAGGCCGCAGAACAUAGAAUAUUAGAGCUAAAAGGGACGUGAGACAAUCAAGUCCAACCCUUUCUUUUUUCUUUUUUAAACAGAUGAAGAAAUUGGGUCUUAGAAAGGGCAAGUGAUUUUUCCAAGAAGGAAGAAAAUAUGCAAGCAUGAAGCUGGAUAGGUAUACCUGCUUUUGGCUCAUCCUCAGGACCUGAAUCCAUCCCAGACUUAGUGUGAAGACCCAUGUCUAAUAAGAGAACUCAUCAACUAGCUCUGGGAAGGUCUUGGAAGCCCAGAAAUAUACUAGACCCUGAUGCCCCAGCAGCUGGUUGUGAAAUUCCAGCUUCAUUGUAGAUGCCAACCUUGUAAGUAUUCUUAUGGAUUCUGGAACUACAUCUCUCCUUCACCAUCACCCCCAAUUAGCUUAGAACACUGAGUUUAGAAGUCUCUGUGAUGUAAUGGAAAACUGGAUGGAUAUGGAAUCAGAGGACCUCAACCCUGGUCCUGACUCUCAUUGCCUGUGUGACCUUGGAAAUUUAAUUGGCUCCAAUUUCUUCUUUAUAAAUAAUGGGAUUUUGCUGGCUGACCUAGAAGGUCCCUUCUAGCUCUAAAUCGUAUAAUCCUAAAACCUUUCCUGAAGACAAAGUCCUCCCUUAGAUUCUCAUCUCCAAGCUCUCCAAGAUCAGGAACCAAUCUUCUUCUGCACAAAUUCCCCAUCGCCAUCGCACAGACCCAACUUUGGCAGAGAAAGAACACUCAGGGUUAGAACUAAGAGAGGCAGCGCACUGGGUCACCCACCCCCACCCCACCCCCAUUCCUACUCUGCCUGAUUCUGAGGUGAUGGGCCCCCUGGGCGGGUGGAGCGGCUGGUGUAACGUCAGCUCUUCUGUCAGCCUGAUCAAUCUUCAGCUGUGGCUUUACCUCCCCACCAAGGCCACCCCACGACCUUGUCCUGAAACUAAGAGAAGGUACUUUCUUACUUUGUUCCCAUCCUACCCCCUUUCUACGGUGCUGGCAGAAAACAAAAUGAAACCGUGAAUUCCCUCCCACCCUCCACUACUACCAGGGAAAUCACUCCCACAUCGAUGCUCAGUGAUCAUGACUGGAGGGAGGGGAGGCUUUUUGGAGAGGGGGGAAGGGGAAAAUCCCCCUAUGAGGAAAAUCAAGGAUGUUUUAGGGGAAAAUACCGAGAUAAAAACGGGGAGACCCCUCGAGAAGACGUUCCCAAGAAGGGCAGGUACCCCGAGAUUCUAAAAUUAAAUCCACCCCUCCAUUGACCGAGUUUGAGGGAAAGACUGGGGGGGAGGAGGGGAGGAAAGAGGGGUCCACGGUGUCCCGUGUGAGAGCAAAGCCCGGCGCCCUAGCUGGGGUGGGAGGGAACCAGGGAGACAGGGAAGGGGGAGGGAGCGCCGGAGCUGGCGGUUCCGCCCGCUGAUGCAGGCAGCUUGGGGAGGUGGAGCAGCCGAGCCAGGAGGAGUCCCAGCCGCCGCCGCAGCAGCCCAGCUCCCCGGCCGUCUCGCCUCCCCGCCGCCGCAGUGUCGGUGGCAGACGAGGAGAGCGCAGGGCUCCCCCUCCCCCGACCCAGCCUCGGGACGAAAGCAGCUGUCUGUGCGCCGCCCCCCCCACCCCCCUCCCGUCGCCUUUCCCAGGCGGGAGGGUGGCCAGAGCUCAUUCGGUUCUCUCCUCCUCUCGGCCCCAGCAGAAGCCGCCGCUGUGCCAGGCACCACCGGGCAUCUCCGCUGCCAGUCGGGCAGCUCGGGAGCCAGCUUCAACGGAUAUACGGGCAUCCGCAGCCUGGGCCUUGCCGGGCGCCUCCGAUUCUGCCCCCGGCCCCUCGGGGCACUUCGGGGCCAGCUCUGCGGAGCAGGGCGGUCCCGAGCAGCUCGGAGCCCGCAGCCGACGCCGACGCCGCCACGAUGCUGCCCUGGAGACGGAGCAAGUUCGUGUUGGUAGAGGAUGAGUCCAAGCGCAAGGGAAAGAGCCUGAGCCCCCGGCUUUCCUACUCGUCGCUGCUCUCUACCUUCCUGCGCUCUUGCCCGGACCUGCUGCCCGACUGGCCCCUGGAGCGCCUGGGUCGGGUCUUCCGCAGCAGGCGCCAAAAAGUGGAGCUCAACAAGGAGGACCCCACUUACACCGUGUGGUACCUGGGCAACGCCGUCACCCUGCACGCCAAGGGCGACGGCUGCACCGAUGACGCCGUGGGCAAGAUCUGGGCGCGCAGCGGGCCGGCGGGGGGCACCAAGAUGAAGCUGACGCUGGGACCCCACGGCAUCCGCAUGCAGCCCUGCGAGCGCAGCGGGAGCUCGGGGGCGCGGCGGCCGGCGCACGCCUACCUGCUGCCGCGCAUCACCUACUGCGCGGCGGACCGCCGCCACCCGCGCGUGUUCGCCUGGGUGUACCGCCACCAGGCGCGCCACAAGGCCGUGGUUCUGCGCUGCCACGCAGUGCUGCUGGCGCGGGCGCACAAGGCGCGGGCCCUGGCGCGCCUGCUGCGCCAGACGGCGCUGGCCGCCUUCACCGACUUCAAACGGCUGCAGAGGCAGAGCGACGCGCGCCACGUGCGCCAGCAGCACCUCCGGGCGGCCGCGGGGGCCGCAGCCGCCUCGGUGCCCCGAGCGCCCCUGCGCCGCCUGCUCAACGCCAAGUGCGCCUAUCGGCCGCCGGCCGCGGAGCGCGGCCGCGGCGCGCCUCGCCUCAGCAGCAUCCAGGAGGAGGAUGAAGAGGAGCAAGAGCCGGAGGAGGAGGAAGAGGAGGAGGAGGAGGAGCCCGAGCGGGAGCGAAGCUUAGAGCGCCGUGAGGUCCGGGGCCGGCAGCGCGAGCGCCCCGAGGUGCUGAGCUUGGCCCGGGAGCUGAGGACGUGCAGCCUGAGGGGCUCCGCAGCCGCCACUCCCCGGGCCCCACCCCCGACCCCUCCCCACAAGGGCUGCCUGCCCGCCCUAAAGCGCCCCACCUUGGAUUCUGCUGCGCGGCAGCCCCUCCCCGGCCCCCUGCCCCCACACCAGGCCCUGUGUGUUGUAGGGGGGUGGUAGUUGGUGCCUGGUGGCUAGCGUAGAGGCCCCUCUGAGACCUCCCUUGCACUCCAACACUUCCCCGACUCAGGAUCUCCUUCCUUUCCUUUCUCUGGCCCUCUCCGAACAAGCCUGUCCCCGUGCCACCAGACCCCGGCCUUUCCCUUCCCCACCACUCAUGAGAAGGGAUGGAGGGUCUGGGAUGGUUUUUCCCCCGGACCCAGGCAAUGGAGAUGUGGCUGCAACUGGGAGGGUUAGAACUCUGUUUUAGAAAUCCCUCUUCUCUUACCCCUAGGGGACCUGGGGGUGCUUAACAUGAGGAUAGUACUGUGAACCAGAGGAAUUGGAAGGGGACAGCUGGGUCCCCUACUUCUCUGCUCAGGACUUGCCUCCAAGAUGACUCAGCACCCCCCCAGACUGGAGGGGUGAAUGGCCCCUAAGACCCUCCCCACCCCAUCACCUCUCCAAAGGUCGGGGGCUACUCUUCUGUCUUUACUUUUCACCCUUCUUAGCCCUGCCACUGGAGGAGAGACUAGGACAUAUCCUGGCAGUUGGACAGAAAACCAGGCCUAUUGUAGUGGCACCUUCUUCUGGGCCCAACAGCCUCUUGCCAUCCCUACAGGACUGCUGAUCCCCACCAGGGCUCUCUUCUCUGCAGAUUCAGGUGUAGGUGGAUCUAUUUAGGAGACCCCCCCACCCCACCCCCAAUCACCCUGGACCAGGAUGAGGCACUGCAGGAGGUAAGGUGACUACAGGGCAGGUGCUCCAGGCACUGGUGUUACUUGGGGGCUGAGUCCCUAAAAUGAAGACCGUCCCAAAGGGAGCAUCAUAGAGCAGCCUUCUCAUCAUUGAGGACGAAACAAAUGGGUAUGUUAACCCAAACAGGGGACGGGCAAUUGCUCACAGGCCUCUCUACUUGCUGAGGUCACAAAAAGCCCAAAGAUUAAGAUGUCACACCAACUGAUCACUGAUAAAUAAAGUGGAUUUGCCUUUUCA